AAUAAAAUGGAGAAAACAGGCAAAGAUAAGUCAGAUAAGGAGAAGAAGAUUGAGGCCAAGCUUGAGAAAGCAUUUGCUAAGAAGCAGGAAGCCUUCAGAAAAGGCAGCUCUGAGCCCGCAGACCUUCUUAGUCUCUUACUAGAUGAUCUCCCUUUUAAAUCCACUAAUAAAUCUAUGAAGAUGGAAACAUUUGCAAUGGUGUUCAAGACCUUUAAGAAGAUCAAGGUUGGAGAUCUUACUCAGCUGACUGAGACCUUGGGGGAGGAUAAGUCUAUUGACCUCCUCAAAUAUUGAUUCAAAGCUUUUGAACUUGUUCAUAGGCAAGAUCAGGACGUAAUUGAAAUGAUAUCAUUCCCUCUUUGUUUGAACUACCUCAAUGUAACCAGUGAGCAAUUUGGAUCUAUUGGUAUCGCAAGAACAGGAUUUGAACGUGGAGAUCUGUAUGAUUAAUUUCUUUUAAAGCCAUUGAACAUGAGAUAAUUUUAGCCCUCAAAAGCUCACAUCU